UAUUCAAGAAACACUGUGUAUACGUUUAUACACUUUAUAUCUAGGUGUUUAAGAUAUUUAGAUUUAAGAUCGCAGAUAGAUAAAUAGAUAAGAUAUGAAUGUCUUCAUGAUCAUUUGUAUUCCGUAAUUCUAUCUGAUAAUUUUGCCUAUAUCGUGUGGUUCCGGUGCGGCAAGCCACUGCGAAAAAUUUGCGUGCCCAUACCUGUGAUUAUUUUCGCUCAAUAGUAGCGUUACCGCAAGGUCGAAAAGUUAUUAUUACCGUAUUUAAAAACGUGUUAUAUAAUUCAAUGAUGACGGCAAUGUACGAGACUUACAUUUUCAAACGUACAUUAAUAAACGACGAGAAGAAAAGAAAAACGUAAAAACGAGAAUGUAAAAUUCUGCGAUCUUAUGUCGCGACGAAAGAGCUUCCCGCAUUUUUCGAUAUUGCAAAAUCAAAUGUCCCGCAUCGAAUUUACAUUCACGUUCUGUCGAUCGACCGCGAUUUCAUUAAGCAACUCUUCUCUCUGCCUGUGUUACCUGUCAUCGCGCGAUCCUACUUGGCCGUUUUACAAGAGAUUCCGCAAUACAUGCGUGAUAUUCCAGUUUGAGAUGAAAGUUCGCACGAAAGUUUCAACGGCGGUUUUUACAACGAACUUUAAUUGUGUGGAUUUAUUUUUUUCGCGAAAGCUUAAUUCAAUUUCUUCUUCUUGAAAUUACGUUAUUUAAUUAACAGUCCGGAUGAAAGCGAUUUUUUAAUUUUCGUACAAUCAUAUCUAUCUCUCAAUGCUUAUCUUUCGCUGUAAACAAAAGAUAUGACUAUAAUAAUUCGAAUGCAAUAUGUAUAUGAGAUUAUUCUACUACUAUAUAGAUAAUACGCACACAUAUAAAAAAGGUCGCAUGUAUGUGUACAUACGUGUGUAAUACGUCACAUUACCGGGAACAGAAGCCUAACAAUUGAAUUGGCGGAUACGACAACUCGGUUUUAAUUACACUCGUAACAUACGCCGCGUGUUUCCGAUAACCACACUACUAUACAAAAUGCACAGCUUCUCCAGCUUUUAUUCCGCAGACGCGGAUUUAAUUUACGUCAACGAGGUCAGCAACAUAAGUCACAGAUUUCUAAUAUUAGUAUCGCGAUAUUUCCUAUCGAUAGUAAUAACAGACGAGUUUUGCUGCAUACGGGAUUAACUGCCGUGAUAUAAAUAUUAUUCAUUAGGUCUGAAAGGGAAAAUCAAUUUCUUCAAAAUCAUGAUGUUGUAUUUUUUGUCUUUCUUCUUAUAUUAUGCAUUUUGUAUGUAGUGCAAUGACGUCUCGCGCUUUCCAAUCACGAACUCUCGUAAACUCUCGGAGAUAAAUCAAGCUUUAAUCAAGCAGAAACUGUCACAUCCGCGCGUACCUGAACCACCUGCGAAAAUGAACGGCGAGUCGCACGUGGCCCUAUAUAUGCGAUCACGUACUUUCACGUACGUUGUUCCAAAUACUACGCCGGUCUGCGCGCUCGCACUACCGAUGUAAUGCUCGCCCGUCACGUGUAUAUAUUAUGCCUGCUUCGAGAUAUACCUACUGUGCUUACAUGGUGUGGUACCUACCUACCUACCGACUCUGGGCAACAAUAUUGUGCUCACUCAUAGUCGCUGAUGUCAGUCUCGAUGUACGAGCGCGUACGAACGGAGCCGUCGAAACCGACGACGCGACGAGUGACCGAUUGUUGUUGGCUCCUCGAUCUGGAUGAUCGGGGUAGACAAGUGUAACGUAUCGGAUAGAAUAUCCUGAUGAAGUGAAACGAUCCUCGUGGUAUUCGAUCAGUAUUGACAUACAUCAGUAUUCCUUCUCUCUCAAACUCGCUAUCGCGAUCUACUGCGCGUACGAUGGCCGUGAAUAAAAUGCAUGUGCGGCAGAAACCAAAAUAUCCCAAAGCGGUGUUUUUCAUUAUCAGCAAUGAAUUCUGCGAAAGAUUUUCUUUCUAUGGAAUGCGCACCGUUCUGUCGCUGUAUUUAUUUAAUAUGCUGCGCUAUAGUGAAAGUACAUCUACAAUAAUCUAUCAUGUCUUCACCUGUUUCGUCUACUUCUUCCCGGUGGUGGGUGCGAUCAUAUCUGAUUCAUGGCUCGGAAAGUUCAAUACCAUUUUGUAUUUGAGUAUUAUUUACGCACUCGGACAAGUGAUUCUAUCCCUGAGUGCGGCAACUCCCAUUGGAUUGCCCCAACGAGAAUUUUCCAUAUUAGGUUUAUUCCUAAUAGCGUUUGGUACAGGCGGAAUAAAACCUUGUGCGUCGGCUUUCGGAGGCGAUCAGUUUAUUGUACCUCAGCAGGAACGACAAUUGGCGACGUUCUUUUCCCUCUUCUACUUUUCUAUUAACACAGGCUCCUUAAUCUCUACUUUGCUAACUCCGGUGCUUCGUGAAACGAAGUGCUUUGAUGAUGAUUGUUACUUCGUGGCAUUUUUAGUGCCGGCCGUUCUAAUGGUUGCAUCGAUUAUUGUAUUUGUCUUGGGGAAAAGACUGUAUAAAAUGGUGAAACCCUCAGGCAAUCUCAUUGUCAAGGUUACCAAGUGCGUUUGCCAUGCGAUCUACAAUAAAAUGAAGGGCAAAGGAGAAAAACGCGAUCAUUGGCUCGAUAAUGCCGAUGAUGUUUACGACACUAAGCUGAUCGAAGAUGUCAAAAUCGUAAUACGAGUCCUAAAAUUGUUUAUACCACUGCCAAUAUUCUGGGCGCUUUACGAUCAGCAAGGCUCUCAAUGGACAUUCCAAGCAACGCGGAUGGAUGGCCAAAUAGGCAGUUUCGUUUUGCUGCCCGAUCAAUUGCAAGCUGUCAAUCCGUUGUUGAUCAUCAUCUUCAUACCAAUCUUCGAGACUUGUAUCUAUCCGGCUUUCGCCAAAAUACAUUUCAUCAAUACCCCCUUGAAGAAGCUCGUCGUCGGCGGUCUCUUGGCUAGCGUAGCUUUCAUCGCAGCUGGUAUCGUCGAAUUACAGAUUGAGAAAACAUAUCCAAAGUUACCGACAAACGGAUUUGCUCAAAUCCGAAUUUUCAAUACAAUGAAUUGCAACGUGAAUGUAAAUAUGGUAAAUCAAGGCCUAGCUGUAGAUAUAGGUCCAGUAAGUAUGGUAGAAAUUUUAGAAGUGAAAGCAGCCGGAUCUGUUACAAUACCCUACACAGCAGAUUUCACAGAAUGUUAUAAUAAGGGCUACACCGAUUUGAAUAAAAAUGAACAAGGAGAAAUUACGGGUAUGGAGGCCGUUGCAACAUCAUGGGUGAUAACGCCCACGUCCUUGGGAUUACAAUAUAGUUAUAAAGAUAUGGUAGACAAACCGGAGAAGGGUAAGCCAACGGUCCGCAGUCUCAUCUAUCUUCAGCCUGGAUUAAAAAACGCCACAUUAAACGUCGUCGACAGUGACGGCAAGAGUGCAGUGUCAAUUCCGGUCAGUUCGCAUUUCUCAGAGUCGGACUUACAACAAAUCGAGAAUCCACGUGAAUACGACAUCUAUUUAGACAAAAAACUGUUGGAAAAGAAUGUGCCUCUCAAAUCCGGUGGAGUGUACACCGUGGUAGGGUCCUACGUUACGCAAAAUGUUGAACCGAAUAUCGUUGGCAAAACGGUCACGGUCACGCCACCCAAUUCGCUGCACAUGGCUUGGAUGUUACCGCAAUACAUUAUCAUCACGAUGGGCGAGGUGAUGUUCUCCGUGACGGGUCUGCAGUUUGCCUUUACUCAGGCUCCGGUGACUAUGAAGUCCCUGCUGACGGCGGGUUGGUUGCUGAGCGUGGCCUUCGGCAAUCUCAUUGUGGUGAUCAUAAAGGGCUCGCAUCCCUUCGAGCGGCAAGUGUACGAAAUUUUCCUAUAUGCCGUUUUAAUGGCGGUAGUUAUGGUUAUAUUCGGCGUGAUGACCCUAUUCUACAAAUAUGUAGAAAUACCAGAGGAAGAAGAAGAUAGUGAUGGGGAUAUACCUUUAGAAGGGAAGAUGGGGAAUGUCAAUUCGGCCUACAAAGAGGAUGAAAAAUGACAACGAGAAAAGACUGACAAAUGAGAAAUAAUAAUUUUCACGUAUUCUCUCAUUCGAAAAGUAGGAACUGCACGUAUCGCAGCCUAUUAAAAUACGAAGGGUAUGAUUGCUCGUACAUCGAGAGUUCGUUCAUUUUUAUUGGACAUCUAUAAGCCUCGAGAGUACGGCAAGAUACAGGAAUCUUUUUUCCUAACACAAUCUCACCUCUCAAUUUUUCAUAAAAUUAAUUAUGACAGACUGAAGAUACGCAUUCUAUAACAGCAAAUCUAUAAUUCAUUUCAAUUUAAAAAGAGAGUGGGAGUCCAUGUAAUGAGAAACGUCAUAUUUUAUAUUUUAGUACAACAUUUAAAAUUUUAAAUAUUGUAAAUAAGAAAUCUAAAUAGUUUUUAUAUUCUUGCAAAUUAUGCAAUCUUGCAAGAUUAGCAAAAAUUGGAAAGUUGUGCAAGUGCUGUGAAUGAUACAAUCGAUAUUGAGAAUUUUAAAGAGUAAAAAAUUAAUUAAAUUAUAAAAAUAUUUUUAUGAGUGAAAAAUGUUAAAACAAGCGAGCGAAAGUGCUUAAAUAGUAUUUUUAAAAAUAUUAAAAAAACUUUUGCAUUGUUAAUAACUGAGUUCAAUAGACUGAGCGUUUACUGAGCUACUUCAUCUAUUGAAUGCAAUCAACCAGUAUAUAAUGAGAGCUUUUAAUUCGAAGUUUUAAAUAAAAAUUGUAUCU